UCUCUUCCUCACCAACCAUCUCGUUUUAUUUGGGAGCAAGCUUCGUCGACUAUCCUCUUAUAGAUCAAUCGCAUCACUCAGGCGGGUUUCAGUAGAUAUGGCGGCUACAUCAAGGUUCCAGGCAUUCUUGAACAGUCCUGUUGGCCCUAAGACAACCCAUUUCUGGGGGCCUAUCGCUAAUUGGGGUUUUGUUGCUGCUGGUUUGGUGGAUAUGCAAAAGCCCCCUGAAAUGAUUUCUGGAAACAUGUCUUCAGCGAUGUGCAUUUACUCUGCAUUGUUCAUGAGAUUUGCUUGGAUGGUGCAACCUCGCAACUAUUUACUACUUGCGUGCCAUGCAUCAAACGAGACUGUACAGCUCUAUCAGCUCUCGCGUUGGGCUAGAGCCCAGGGGUAUUUAUCCUCCACGAAAGAAGAGGAUAAACCGUCUCAGUAAAACCAAAAUGAGGAAAGGUGUCUUUAACGCUGCUUCUGAUGAACAACGGAUCAUCAUUUGUUCUUGAAAAUUAAUGAAUCCAUCCAUUUGAUUUUCCUUUGAAACGUGUUUGUGUUGUCCCCCAAGCCAUGGUUGCUUUACUUGUUGGAUCGCUCAUUAACAUUAUCUUUUUGUUUUGUUUUUUAAAGUAACCGGUUGUGAUAAAAUUUGGGACCAGAGUCAUCAGUUCAUACUUCGUGUUA